UCGGAGGAAUUUGUGUGUCAGGCUGGUGGGUGCCAGUGCUCACCCAAUAGUGAGCUAAUAGAGGAUUCAUAUGGAUGCAAACCCAACGGGUGUCGCAAUAGUUCCGACUGUUUGAAGUGUAGUUCCCGCAAAUGGUGUGCCAGAAAAACUGAUGGAUGCUACUGCUCGGACAGCCUAUAUGACCAGGAGUUAAAUGGAUCACAAUUGUCGGGAAUUGUGGUUCAAAAUGAUGUCACCCCUUCAAUUUGAAAUGAUUGCAAUCAAUCACCAC